UUUAACAAAAAAUUGAAAUUUAUAACAAAAUCAUUAAGAACUUAAAUUGGUAAUACUGAAAUUGAUUGAUUCUGUGUUUCUGCAGGCAGCUUGCUUAGCUGUAAGCAAUUUUUUUACUUUAUGAGUUUCGGUAAAUUAAUUAUUGACAUUAAUUGACAGCUAACUGUACCGUCUACCAGGUUUUACUUUUAACAAUACGUACAAACGUAUUCACAUCUUUGAUUUAGUGCGUUUUAGGUAAUUUUAAUUGGUAUUUUAGUGUGUAUAUUUCGAGAAAUGUGUACUUAUAUUGAAGGCUUUUGAGGUAAAAAACAAGUGCGCACUUUAGCCCUUCCCAARUAUAAUGUCUCCGAUUACGGCUUGGGAAAAACUUCAACUGAAUCUACACGGAGAAGAUUUUCAACAGAUUUAUAACGAUCAUUUUCCAAUUGAAGUGCGGCAGUUAUUAUCCCCAUGGUUUGAAACUAAAGCUUGGACUGAAAUCGAUCCAGAUAAUUUAGAGCAUGAAGGUUAUAUUAAAGGUUUAUUUGUGUCUUUUGUUGAUGAAAUAGUAUCUAAAGCUAAUUCUAUGGUAACAAAUGAACAGUUUGCCAGUAAACUGAAACUAAUUGAUGCAGCAAAAUUAUAUAAAGAAAAAUACUCUCAAAACCCAAAAGAGUUGAUAAGAAUAAUUAAGAAGUGUUUGGAAUCAGAGUCCAUGAUGGCUCAACAAAAUAAUUCUCUAAUGGAGGUCAAUGUAAAACCUUCCCAAGAAAUAGAAAACAUUGAAAUUAUGCAACAGAUGGAAUUGAUAAGUAACCAUGUUGCUCAUACAAAUGAGAUUCGCAUGACAAUUCAAUCAGACAUUGAUUCUUUUAAUAUUMUGUAUUCUGAAUGUACUAAGUGUACUCAACAUCUACAACACAUGAGAAAUCAAAGAAUGAGCAUUCCUCAAGGACCUGAAAUUGAACGUAAAUUAAAACAGGAAAAAGAGUUGUAUGAAGGACAAUUAAAGACUCAAUCAUUAAGUCUUAACAAUGCUCUCUGUGUCUACAUAAACAAACUUAAUGAAUCAUUAAAUUUGCUCAGUCCUGUUCAAGCUCAUAUUAUUGAUAAGGCAUUAAUUCAGUGGAAACGUGAACAACAAUUAGCUGGUAACGGAUAUAAAUACAUGAAGGAUAUAGAUGUCAUACAAACUUGGUGUGAGAAAUUAUGUGAUUUAAUAUGGAUAACUCGUUCACAAAUUAAAGAAGCUGAUCGUUUUAGAGUGAAUUUGGGUCGUUAUUUUGAAUUACCUCAAUCGUGUGAAAUAAUAAACACGCUUCUUGAUAUGACAACACAAUAUCUUUCAUCGUUAGUGGCAAGUUUCGGUGACAACGGACAAGAAGUAAUCGCUAGGUUUUUGAUGAUCAUGGUUAAAGUAUCCAUAGUCAGUGAAUCUCAAGCAAACCAAAUAAUUGGAAGAAAUAAACCUGAUGGAGAAUCUUGUGGUGAAAUAUUAAAUUGCACUGGAAAAAUGGAAUAUCAACCAGUGCAGAGACAUUUGUCAACUAAUUUCCGAAGUAUGCAACUAAAGAAAAUUAAGCGUACUGAAAAAAAAGGCACAGAAUCUGUUAUGGAUGAAAAAUUUUCAAUUUUAUUUUCAUCCAAAUUUUUCAUUGGUAAUGAACUUCAAUUUGAGGUAUGGAAUUUGUCAUUACCUGUGGUUGUUAUUGUGCAUGGGAAUCAAGAUCCUCAUGCUUGGGCUACUGUAACUUGGGAUAAUGCUUUUGCUGAACCUGGCCGGGUUCCAUUUAAUGUUCCCGAUAAAGUACCAUGGAGAAAUGUGGCAGAUGCUUUAAACAUGAAAUUUUCUGCAGCUACAGGUCGUGGUCUCUCUGAAGAGAGCUUGACAUUUUUGGCCGAAAAAGCCUUUAGAAUGCAAAAUGUAGAUUUUAAUCAUAUGGUUUUGUCAUGGUCACAAUUCUGUAAAGAACCAUUGCCACAAAGAAGUUUUACAUUUUGGGAAUGGUUUUAUGCCGUAAUGAAAAUAACUAGAGAACAUCUCAAAGGUCCUUGGACCGAUGGUGCCAUUAUGGGAUUCAUAAGAAAGUCUGAUGCAGAAGAGAUGUUGACAAGAUAUGCUACGGGUACAUUUUUAUUAAGAUUUUCAGAUUCAGAACUAGGUGGGCUAACUGUUGCGUGGGCUGGCUCCAAUGAUUCAGAUGCUUAUAGUUUACAUCCUUUCUCAGCUAAAGAUUUAUCGAUUCGAAACUUAGCUGAUAGACUAUUGGACUUGCCAUAUCUCACAAAGUUAUAUCCUGAUAUUGAUAAAAAUCAAGCAUUCGGAAAAUACUAUACUCAACCUCCAAAUAUUAGCACUCCUGUUACAAGUAAUGGAUAUUUAAAGCCAUUACUAGUUACGCAUGUUCCUGGUUGGGGUGGACCUGGAACCAACGGACAAGGAAUGAAUAGCUAUCCAAAUACUCCUCAGAAUCACAUGUUUCAUGUUAACAGCCCUGGAAAUUGUAGCAUUAGAGAAACGUCUUCAGUACACAGUGAACCAGUGAAUAAUACAUCUGAAAAGUACCGUCCAGGGUCGUUUUUUUCUGCUGCCAUCCUAUAACGGGAUUUAGGAAUGCCUGUACUAUGAUCCUGGGAUAAAGUUCCGAGUCAAUUUGGAUGUUAAUUUUUUAUUAUUAUUAUUACAUCUGUUACCUUAUUUUCAUCAAUAUUCAUCAA